UACUGAGUCCUCCUUUUCUCUAUUGCUGUAUGCAAUAGAGCAAUGGCUUAUUAAUUCAGGGGCCAUAAAGGGCCACAAUUUAUACAGAGAGGUUAAUUAUAUUCAACAUCCCUGUACUGCUCCCGAGUGAGUGAAGUCCACGUUUAUGUAAUUUCUUGUUAGCUCUAUAGCUUUGAUUUACAGCCACACCAUUACAAAUAUAUAUUUAUCAAUGUAGCGUUUAGUGUUUCCACAAAAAAACGUGGGAAAGAAAAAGUAUCUAUAAAUUGUCUUAUUUAUUGUAGUACGGUUAUCAAGUGACUAAAUUAAUACUGACAGGACAGACACAUCUCAGGGGCAAAUUUUCGCAGGGGCCUGUGCCCCCCUUACCCCACCCCCCUGCAUGGGGUCCAGGGUUGAGUACGGAAGCUAGAUAGAUAACACCUGGAGGAAGGUUGAGAAUAUCACUGAGAGGACUAUGAGGCGACAGAUAGGGACGACACAGUUCAUCUAUAUUUGUGAAAAUGCCUGCACAUGCUCACCAAAGUGUUGACAACUCUCUGCUUGAAGCUCAUUGUAUCGGUGUAUCCAGUCAAAAAGCGCGGCACAUAUGAGGGUGGGGCGGGGCAGCCAGAAGAUUUUAUAUCCAAGGAACACGGAAUUCCUCUCAGGACAUUAACAAUGGGGAUACCUGAAAACGAUUCAGCGAUUAGAGGGGACCAAACAUGCGGAUAGAUAUGUACUUUAUUGAUCCCAAAAUGGGAAAUUAGUGUGUUGUAAAGGACAUGUGCAGGGCAUUGCACACAGAGCAAAGUAGAAAAAUGUAAAUUACUCUGUAAUGUAAUAAACAUAAAAUGUGCUAAAAAGAACUCACCAAAUUUCCGAGCCAUCAGUGCGCCUGUGGGGACCAUGGGGUCUGUCAACAUGGCGUCGAAGCCCUGCAGAGUGAGGGGAUAGGAUGAUGGGUCAAUGUUUUUUUUUAUUGCAUCUCAGUUCUCAUUUAGAGCAAAUACACUCAUAAUCAUCUAUAACUCAUACAGCAGAAGGGAGGUAUUGUGUGUUUAAAUCUCACAAAACUCAGCAGUGAACUUUCUCAGGCAAUUUACAAUAAAAAAUUGUGUAGUCGAUAAUAUGAAUGGUUUGCGAGUAAGUAGAUACAGGGUUUCUUCAAAGUAACAUAAUCACCUACAUUAUAAUGCAAUCUGAUGCAGCAAGUGUUCCCAGAGUGGUAGCUCAGACAGAAUCCUAAUAAAUGCGGAAUUUGUGCAGUAAACAUUGUUGUACUGGAUUUAACUGUCGAUCCAGAGGUUGUGUUCGGCCACUGUAUUUGCACUCACCUGCUGUGCCAGAUGUGAGAUGAGGCUGUCAUUGAACAGUAGACUUUCUGCUGUGAUGUGGAGGAUUUCUGCCACUUUCUGGAGUUUUGAGAAUUGUUUCUUCAUCUUCUCCAUGAAAGGCUCUGCAGACUUCAGAAUCGUGUCUUUGUUCAUGGACAACACAGAAUCCAUGUGAGCCUUGUCGUAGGGAACGGGAUGAAUCACGGUGUCGUAGUGUUUCCCCGGACCCAUCCGUAUGCUGACCUCUGGUAUCACCACGGUGACCCGGUGUCCACGGCGACCCAUUUCUUGGGCAAUGGCCUUCAUGGUCACCCAGUGGCUCCCAUCCAUGGGUACAACUAGCAGCUUACCGGAGUAUGCAGAGGAGGCAGCAUGACUUGGAAAAAUACCGUCUAUCUGCUGCUGGUUCUCUAGCUUAGACGUUUCUGUCUCAGUCUUAUCCAGAUCACCUAUCACCUGCAUAUCUGUGUGAAGCAGCACGAACAUAAACGCUGCUGCCUUCCACAUUGUUCUGGUUUCGUGUGUCCACACACCUCACUGUGUCCAACACAGAAUUAAAGGUGGCAGAAAGGGAGAGAAAAAACAAGUCAACACAACAAUCCCUAAGCUGUUCUUUAGUGAUCCAGGUAACCUGAUCCCUCCGCUCCCGUUGCUGUGUCUGGCUGUGGAUUGUUGAAAUUCCUGUCAGAUUGAGGUGUGUCCAAAGUCCUUGUUUGACAAUCAAUCAGAGUCCAGUCUCACGGUUUGCUGCAGUGUUGUGAGUUUUAUUGGUCAUCUGGAAUACUGUGAGCCUGCAGCAGAGAAGUUAGCAUGGUCCCUGCCAAACUCGUGUGGAGUCACAGUGGAGAGGGGAUCAGUCUGUAUGCAAAUGCAGCCAUGAUGGAAGGGGGCUGUCAUUUACAUUCACAGAGCUUUUAGUUCUACAACUCCUGAAGAUACCGUGAACUGGGUGUCUGAGAAUCUUCAUAGAUAUCUGCAUAAAACGUGUGUGGUGAUAAAUGACCAAUACACCAGUUGGUCUAAUCUCAAUUAAUUUAAGUUAUAUCUCCUUUUAAUUUGCAAAUGUCCAACUUGUAUUAAAAUUUCAAAUCGUAAUUGUCUUGAUGUAUAGACUUUUUUUGAUAAAGUUGUGAAGAAAAAAAGUUUUGGAUCAAACAUCAGAGAAAUAAAGUUACAUAAUGAGUCAUUUUUUUAAUGUUCAGUUCUUGCUAUUUGGACGCCUGUCCAGCUGGGGGCGGUAGCGUGCCGCUCACUCCCCGCGGCAGAGCAGUAGAAGAAGAAUUCUGAUCCUCAGCGCGCGCACUUCCAAGAAAGUUGUUGUGGAAGAAUAAAGCUGAGGCUGAGCCCCGCGAGCUUUCUACAGGAAACAAUCUCUGCUGCAGCGUAACCCACAUGUUGAGAGGUGGUUUGUUGUCUUCAGAUGAGCAGGCCUGCGUCUGACAGUGAAUCUGAGGCAGAUGACUCGGAGUCGCUCGUUCAUUCAUUGUCUAUAAGAGUAGAAUAUUACAGGUCGUUUGAGUAUUGUCUGAAGUGGGAAGAGUCCAUGUAUACCAGACGCUCCUCCAAGGCCUCCAAGAAGAGCCUUCAGAGAAGUCCCAGCCCUAAGGAGGAUGACAUCCAGCGCAAGUUGAAGGGGAAGAAGAGGCAGAAGAAGACCGAAGCUGGCGACAGCGCAGUUAAUACAAAUAAGUUGAGCAGCCGGGACCUCAUUGACAUCAUCACUGACACGCAUGAUGCUGAACCUCUGGCUGAGGAGGUUGAGGGAAAGACUGUGGAGGUCGCUGAUACAGCAGUGGACGAGUCAGAUGAAGACUGCGUCUCUGUCAGCAGCAGCGUCGCCUCUGGCCCCUCCACCUUUUGUCCCACCAACGUCAAGAGAUGGAGUUCUUUACAGAGCUUGUGCUCGGCGUGUCAGAAGCUCUACCAGAGAGCAGAGAAGAUGAAAACACCAAUCAAAGACAAAGACUUAGACAAUGAUCCCAACUCUCUGACUUGUGACCACUGGGUCCUGAUCAAACAGUGGAGACCCAGAAGGCUGCCUAAUGCACGAGGGAAGCUUUUGACCCAUGUGAAGCUGGUGAAGAAAAGACUCAAGUCAGGUGAGAAGCAGAGUGAGAUGUAUGACAGAGAGUCAUCAGCCUGCUGGCGACCGUGCACUUUCCUACAGAGGAACCUUCGGUGCUGUGUCAGAGUGCCAGCGAAGAAGGGGAGGAAGAGGACGAUUAGGAGGAAGAGGGCAAGGGGUGACUCUCAGGGUUCUCGCGCUGCUAAGCAACGACGUCUCCACAGCAACAGUCCCCGCCAGCACCUCAGUAGAAGCCGUACUCGUGGCAGCAGCCCUCAGCCAAUCAGCAGUCUCAGCAGCAGUCCGGCUUUUGAGAGAUGUGACGAUCGAAAAGGCGACAAUCAAGCGGACAAACACACGACUGUUGAGGUGAUUCCCUGCACAGUCCCUCUGGACACCCUCAAAAUGAAAGAUCCUCCCCCUGAGAAGAAAACACCAAAGAGUGGAUUUAGAAAACUGCUUUCCCAGCUGCGCGGCAACAGCAGCAUGAUCGUCAAAGAAAAAUGUUAGCAAGGUGACUCCUUUUUGUUUAAACUUCUCUUUCAAGGUUUUAAACAGCUACAGUGUUCAAGUGUUGAUGUAGCUUGUUCUUGUGUUGCUCUGUGGGUUUUCAGUGGCCCCGUACACACCUGGUAUUAACAUCCGUCCUGAGAGAUCCGAUCACAAGUGGCCAGCGCUAAGUGCGUGUGUUCACAUCUGAAUGUCCUGAAACCGGAAUGUGUCUCCUGUGACCACUUGUGAUCGGAUCUCACUCCCCCGCUCUACAUGCAAAUUCGCACGAAUGUCAUUUGUUUUAGUUAAGACGAAACAAUGUUAUUUUGAGCCAGUGUCCUCCAUGUGUGUGAUGUCACUGUGUGUGUUUCUGUACUUCUAUCUUUGUGAGGACCAUUUUAAGCAUGGACCCUACAGAGUGAGGACACUUUUGGAAAGUCAGGACAUUUUGACUGGUGCUCCCUUUUUCAAUGUGCUGUUUGAGGGUUAAGGUUAGGAUAUGGCAUUUAGUUUAAAUAUAAGGUAAGGGUACGGGGCUAAUGAAUAUAUUAUGUCGAUGAAUGUCCUCACUAAGAUAGAAGUACAAUCGUGUAUGUGUGUCGGCACGAGCGAGCAAAAAUAAAGGUAUAGGGGGGAGUCAGGUGACUCUGAAUGCAGCUGUGAAGGAUGAUAUACCGGGCUGUGUACGGGGCCAGAGUCGUUCAAACUGACUUUGUUCUCUGAAUUUGAGUUUGUAAAAUACUUCUGCAAAAAGCCAAAAACUAUUUCUCAGUUGGCCGAUAAUAAAGCCGAUCUUUCUCAGAUAUCGGUAUCUGUGUUAUGAAAAGUUGUUUAACGGAAUAAACAAUGCAGAAAAGUUGCACAUUUAUGUUUACAUUUUACAUAAACAUUAAAAUAAUGUUUAUUUUCUUAAUUCAGGUUAUUCAUAUGUGGUUGUAUUUAUGUUUUCUUUUUAUGUAUAGAUAUUUAUAAUAAACUUUUUGUUAAACUGUAAAAUAUCAAGCCUCAAUCACAUUCCUUAGUUAUGUUUUGUAAUUUGGAAGUUGAACUGCUUUGAUAUAUUCAUGUAAACUGUUAACGGCCAAUUACAAUAUUUAUGAGCAGGGUUUUAGUUUGUUAUUUUCCACACAGAAAAAGUGACUGAAAGUUAAACCAGAACAAACUGUUUGCAGACUAAUAAACACUUGU